UCGAGAGUCGACUUAGAGAAGGGUUGAUAGAAGAUGAUGUCGCUGAAGGGAUUAAAUCCUCCGGAUCAGUUUCGAACCCUGACUCGACCCCGAUCCGUCCACGCUCUCAGAUCACUGAAUCGCCGUGGAAUAGCGGUCGUCUCUUGCUGUUCUUCAUCUGUGGGGCGAAGUUGUGAUCUCUCCAUUUCGAAACAGAUAAACGGUUCGGGAGAAGCAUCAAUCGGGUCGACCGAUGAAUCCGUAAACUUGGCAGACCAAUUCCGGUUUGGGAGGUUGACUGAUGAUAUGCUGGCCUAUAAGAGGAAAUUUGUAGUGAGAUGGUAUGAGGUUGGGUUCAAUAAUACUGCUGCAGUUAUAGCCAUUACCAAUCUCCUUCAGGAAGCUGGAUGCAGUCAUCUUCAAUGCACAGGGUACUCGAAAGAUGGGAUUGGGACAGGCGACACCAUGAGAAAGAUGCAUCUGAUAUGGGUGACUACUCGAAUGCAAAUUGAACUUCACAAAUACCCAACAUGGGGCGACGUGGUUGAGAUUGAGACAUGGUUAGAACUGGGAAGAGUUACGGGCAAACGUGAUUGGAUUAUCAGAGAUGCCACUGGUGCAGUUAUUGGGAGAGCUACCAGCAAAUGGGCUGUGAUGAACCAAGACACGAGACGACUCCAAAAAAUGGGCAAAGAUGAGCUUGAUGAUCUUCCAAAUUACUGUCCACGAACAACACGGUUAGCUUUUCCAGAGGAAAAUAAUAGUAGAAUGAAGAAAAUUCCCAAGCUUGAAGAACCUGCACAGUAUUCUACACUAGGGCUUAAGCCUAGAAGAGCUGAUCUAGACAUGAAUCAGCAUGUGAACAAUGUCACCUACAUAGGAUGGGUUCUUGAGAGCAUGCCUCAAGAAAUUAUUGACACUCAUGAAGUUCAAAAGGUGACACUAGAUUACAGAAGAGAAUGCCAACAGGAUGACAUGGUUGAUUCACUCACUAGUAUGGAACUAGUAAUGGAAGGUUCAGAAGUAGUUGCAGAGCUUAGUGGGAGUAAAAAUGGGUCUCUCAUUGGGAGGAAACAUGAAGAAGACUGUUAUCAGUUCUUGCAUUGCUUGAGAAUGUCAAGUGGAGGACCGGAAAUUAACCGCGGUCGCACAGAGUGGAGAAGGAAACCAAUAGGUUGAAUCCACAAUGUAUUUUUUCUUACUAUUCAACUGAAGGAAUACAAGAAGUUAUGAAUCAGUAAAAAAACUUAUUAUGUAUAGAGGGAGAGAUUAUCUCGGACCUUGGAUGACUUUAUAUACUUAGUUGGACGUCUCUGUCUUACAACUUAAGCUUUUGGAUUGGACACUUCAAUAUGAGACCAUCAUGCCUAUAUCAUGAUAUAAUUCCACGUUGAGCUUCUGUAUUUCUGAGAGCUCUUUUGUUUGACUGAGAGUAAUUUAGCACAAUUCAAAAUGCACUAUUCCUCUG